GUUCAAGAAGAAGAAUCAAGCGAAGAAGAUUUAUCAGAUAUUAAUUCUGAUGAUUCAGAUUAUACACGUAGAAAAAAGAAAGGCAAAGCAGUUGUUGAUUCUGUUAUAGAAGAAAAAGAAUUAGCAGAUAUUGAACAAGUUAGAAUUCAGUCAAAUUACGUAGAAUUAAACAACAAAUCGCAAGAUCCAGAAGAAUUUUUGUCAGAAUCAGAAUUAUACGAAACGGAUAUUGAGCUUGAUAUCUCUGAAGAUAAACCAAAAAAUACCAAAAAACGCAAGCUAAUUAAUGAUGAUGCUUCUAAAGAUUUUAAACAAAAAAACAAAGAUAAUCCAGAAUUUAAACGGUUAAAAGGGAGAGAAAAAGACACUCCAAAGGAUGCGUUUGAUCCUUCGAAUAGGACACCUAAAUCACUAGAUGUCAGUUCCCCUUUAAGAUUCAUCGCAUGA